CUCGCUCUAUUCAGUGCAACGGAGCUGGUGGCUCAUUAACUCUUCGCUUGCUGGCCGUACCUCAACGAAGCAUGGCCGAUAAGGUCGAUUUAUGUGCAUGAGGCCCAAGGAACCUUAUUUCUACCUGGGUCACGUUAUGGUAUUGUUGAUAGCGCGAUAACACACAUCUUAUCUCACUACUGCAAGAUAUAGCCGGACAGACCAAGGACGACUCUGGUGGCGUGACGGCAAUAUACUUCUCAUCACCUUUGGGUACGCUUGGAAUCGGACACUUUCGGUGAGCUUAAGGUUCCCGCCGAUAAAUACUAUGGUGCACAGACGGCUCGAUCCAUGAUGAACUUUAACAUUGGAGGAGAACGCGAACGAAUGCCAGAAGCUGUCAUCAAAGCGUUCGCUACUCUUAAGAAAGCAGCUGCCGUUGUUAACAAGGAGUACGGACUUGAGCCCAAACUUUCCGAUGCUAUUUCAAAAGCCGCCGAUGAGGUGAUCAAUGGCAAGAUCUCUUUGGAGCAUUUUCCGCUUGUUAUUUGGCAGACCGGAUCGGGCACCCAAUCCAACAUGAAUAUGAAUGAGGUUUUAGCCAAUCGCGCAAUUGAAAUGCUUGGUGGAGAAUUGGGAUCGAAGAAACCUGUUCACCCGAAUGAUCACGUUAACAAGUCACAGUCUUCUAACGAUACGUAUCCCACCGCCAUGCAUAUUGCUGUUGCCGUCGAGAUUCAUCAACGACUUAUUCCUGGAUUGGAGAAGCUACUGUCGGCACUUCGUGAAAAAGAGAACGAAUUUGCCACGAUAGUCAAAAUCGGAAGAACGCAUACACAGGACGCUGUACCACUCACCCUCGGCCAAGAAUUCGGAGGUUAUGCAACGCAAAUUGAGUUUGGCAUCCAACGGGUGAAGGCUGUGUUGCCUCGCCUGUAUUAUCUCGCUGCUGGCGGUACAGCCGUUGGUACUGGUCUGAAUACACACAUCGGUUUCGCUGAGAAAAUGGCCGAAACAGUGUCCAAACUGACCAACCUGCCGUUUAAAACAGCGCCUAACAAAUUCGAGGCUCUUGCCUCCAAUGAUGCAAUGGCUGAGGUACACGGCGCUCUUAAUGUCCUAGCGUGUUCAUUGAUGAAGAUUGCUAACGAUAUUCGUUUCUUGGGCUCGGGUCCUCGAUGUGGUUUUGGUGAGCUGUCUCUCCCUGAAAACGAACCGGGAUCCUCGAUUAUGCCCGGCAAGGUGAACCCUACCCAAUGCGAAGCCGUGACGAUGGUUGCAGCUCAAGUGAUGGGUAACAAUGCGGCCGUCGCGGUAGGCUGUUCGAAUGGCCACUUCGAAUUAAAUGUCUUUAAGCCGAUGAUUGUGGCUAACGUAUUGCGUUCGAUCCGACUUAUUGCUGACUGCUCCAGUUCUUUUACUGACAAUUGUAUCACCGGAAUCAAACCAAACAAAGAUCGUAUCACAAAGCUUUUGAACGAGUCUUUGAUGUUGGUAACUGCGCUGAACCCGCACAUCGGCUACGAUAAGGCUGCCUUAAUUGCCAAGACAGCUCACAAGGAGGGCUCGACUCUCAAAGCAACUGCAGUAAAGCUUGGCAUUCUCACUCCCGAACAGUUUGACCAGCUGGUCGUACCUCUCGAUAUGCUUGGACCUAAAUAGGAUGAAUUUAUAGCGGAUAAAGACGCCUGCCUAAGGUUCAUGGAGAUAGGACGGUAGCAUGCGACAAAACAUAGCGACGCGUAUACAUGUCCGUGCCAAUGUAUAAUUAACCGUAACAGCGAGAAUGUGAAGAUCUGUAAAAACAACAAAAAAAAACAUGGCAGCGUCCGAGCACCUGUGUCAGUUUAUGUGAAGCAGGAGACCCUUUGGCUGUGUUUAUGGCUAGAAUUGAUGUAUUGUGUACGAUAAUGAAUAUGAUGAAAUAACAACUUUUCUAUCAAAUUAAUCUCGUCCACACAUUGCAGAUUGAAAAAACGUAAGCACACAGCUCCAAAAUUACCGUUCCCUUACUGAGCUCUGGGAGCUCUUACAUGUCUCAGGGAGCGACUUCGGGGAAUGGAACGGGAUAGUUCUUCAGUGCCUCGUUUCGUCGCUAAGAUUCGUUUACAAUCGUCGAGUGGGAGACACGUGCACACAACAAUGGGACAUAUAUAUUACUAAAAAGAACGAACAAAAAACCGCGAAAUCCAAAAUGGCAAUAAAAAAAUAACAAUA